UCUACCUAUCUGUUUACGUCAUUCAUCUGUUUAACAAAACUGUUAACUUGAAGACACAUCCUAUUAAUAACAAGCAUGACUUGCAAGUUAACAAACGAUAUUUACUACUCUACACUGUAAGUAUAACAUCAAUGAUUUAACCAGGAUUAUGAGUCAGGCCACUCGGUGCCAGCUAGUCACGCCGAGAGCACGUUCCGACAUAAAAAAACCAAUAACUGAAAUAAACAUGGUGCCUAUGUCUUUAAUUCAGCCCGCAGUGCGAUCCUAUAUUGUUUACUCCAGUAUUUUGGCUCUUAAAGUGCUUGGUAUGUCAGUGUUAACUGGAAUAGUUAGACAUAAAAAGAAAGUGUUCGCGAAUGAAGAGGACGCUAAACCGACUAGAGGCGUUGUAAAAUACGACGAUCCAGACGUCGAGAGAGUUCGUCGCGCCCAUUUAAACGAUUUGGAGAACAUUCCGGCGUUCUGGUUGCUGGGUGCACUGUAUCUGACGACGGAGCCAUCUGCUGCGCUAGCUACUUUACUGUUCAGAGUGUAUGCGGCUGGUAGGAUAGCGCAUACACUAGUUUACGCUGUUAAACCUCUGCCUCAACCGGCACGUGGUAUUGCAUACGGAAUUCCUUACCUGAUCAAUUUGUUUAUGGGUGUAAAAAUUGUCUUUCAUUACAUAAGCGCACUAAUGGUGUCAGUAACAUUCGAUGAACCAGAAGUGCGUUCGUACAUUUUGUACUCGGUUAUUUUAGCACUGAAGGUAUUCGCUAUGGGAAUAUUAACUGGAAGAGUUCGACGCAAGAAGAAUGUGUUCGCCAACGAAGAAGACACUAAAACAAGCAAAGGCGUUGUAAAAUACGACGAUCCAGACGUAGAAAGAGUCCGUCGCGCCCAUCUGAACGAUUUGGAGAACAUUCCGGUGUUUUGGUUCCUAGGUGCAUUGUACUUGAGUACAGGGCCUUCAUCAGAAUUGGCGACUCUUCUGUUCAGGGUGUAUACGGCUUGCCGGAUACUACAUACAAUUGUUUACGCAGUGAAACCUCUACCACAACCGGCGCGCGGCAUUGCUUACGGUAUACCAUGUAUAAUCAAUUGGUUCAUGGGUUUACGAAUUGUGUUUUAUUAUAUAAGUGCCUUAUAG